AUGCCCGACUCACAGUACUACCCGACCUAUUAUGCAGCGAAUGCGCUCACACUACUUCCCGGUCUCUGUCUAGAUACACUGGUCGUCGAAGAUUGCUGGCACGGUUUCGGCAUGGGCGACGGUUGGCGAGACGUCACAACCUACUUCGAUAUCGAGACACUCUUGAACAGCGAUGCUUGGAAGGAACUGACCUACAUCACCCCGUGUACCGAUUUCAUCGCGUCCGGCUACGACCAUCGGCGCAAACGAUCGGCACAACCUGAGAACUGGGAUGCGCUCCUCAAGGAACGGGAUGGAGAGGAGUUCGGCGCAGAGGUCAAGAUGUACAUCGUUCCGUAUGCGCAGCAGACGGCAACUGGUGAUGAGAAGACCGAAGAUGGGCGCACUAUGCAGCCGUGGGCAGCGAAGCCAGGGCACGAAGUUAACGAGAAUUGGAGAGUCGCAGGGCCGGACCAGGAUAUGAAAGGUGAAGUGAGACUCAUAGCAAAGAGAGGCAAGAGAUCAAGAGCUGUACAGCUAGGAUUGGCCGGGAAGAAGACCUGGGAGGAACUGAAGGGCAAAGAGCCAGGCGGCUUUGCCCCCGAAGGUAAGUCUCAUUCCAACUCCUGCAAGUCCUCAGCUCACACUACGCAGGAUGGAUACCGUACCACAACGACAUGGCCGACGCGGUUGCGUGGAUAUAUGGGGGCCACGGCAGAAGGAUACAACUGGCCAACGCGGCUCUGA